AUGUCUUUUGGUGGUUUUAUUGAUUUUUUUCAAAAAGGAAAAACAUUUAGGCCGAAGAAAAAGUUUUCACCAGGCACUCUUCGUUAUUCGUUGUACAAACAUGCACAAGCUUCAUUAAACUCUGGAAUAAAUUUAAGAAGCGCAGUACAAUUGCCACCGGGAGAAGACUUAUAUGAUUGGAUUGCUGUUCAUGUGGUUGAUUUCUUCAAUCGUAUAAAUUUGAUAUACGGCACAGUCUGUGACUACUGUAACGAUACAUCUUGUCCAACUAUGAGCGGUGGACCAAAGUUUGAGUAUUUAUGGGCUGAUAAAGAAAGAUAUAAAAAACCAACACCGCUACCAGCACCACAGUAUGUUUCACUCCUCAUGGAUUGGAUUGAAACACAAAUUAAUAAUGAGAACCUGUUCCCAGUAUCUACAGAUGUACCAUUUCCCAAGACUUUUAUGCCACUUUGCAAAAAAAUACUAACUCGAUUAUUUAGAGUAUUCGUCCAUGUUUAUAUACACCAUUUUGAUCGAAUUAUAUCUAUAGGAGCAGAACCACACGUAAAUACAUGUUACAAGCAUUUCUAUUAUUUCAUAACAGAGUUUGAACUAGUCAUUAAUAAAGAAUUGGAGCCACUAAUGGAAAUGACAUCAAAAAUGUGCCAGGAUUGCCUUCAGAAUGAAUAG